AUGGUUAUCAAAAACUGUAGAAGACUUGAUUUACCUGAUGAGGAAUGGGAGGGCCUGCAAAGCCUCAAAUACCUGGCAAUGGAGGAAAUAAUGGAGCUAAAAUCUCUUCCUGAAGGAAUUAAACAUCUUACCUCUCUAAAAGAUCUAUUCAUCACGAAUUGUCUUGAGUUAACAACUUUGACUGAGGUCAUAGGCGACCUUACAUCCCUUGAAUGGCUUUCAAUCAGGGACUGCCACAAGUUAGCUAUGCUUCCCCAAAGUUAUUUGAACAAAGAACAAGAUGGAGACUUGGCAUUACAGAUGAAGAUCAAUGCAUGUUACUCUUGGAUUUUUCAAUGUACCACGCUCGGGUCCAGAUUCUUGAGGAUACAACCCAACCAGCUUAGAUCGCCGGCUUUAUCUCAACCGAUAGGAAACCGACGUACAGCUCAGCACUGGAAAAGAACCAUGACGGAUCAUUCGGAAACUCAACAACCUCCCCGGACAAAUGCUAACCUCACGGCCGCAAACACUGCGCUUCUAGCAGAGAACCAGUGGAUGGCCGAACUGUUGGCGGCGAUGCAAAACAACGGAGAUCGGAAGGUCGAUAGCAAAAGGACAAAUGCUGAACAGCACGAAGAACAUCAGUCAGAGUCCAAUGCUAAGACAGAAGAAACUGUCACCAAGUCUAGGAGGCGACGAGCUAACCCAUUCUCUAAAGACAUAAUGAGUUACAAAAUGCCCCAGAAUUUUACACUCCUGAUGACCCUAACACCAUACAAGGGGAUCGGGGACCCAAAAGUCCAUGUCACCAAAUUCGAGUCCAUGAUGUUUCUCAACAGUGACUGUGACCCCAUUUUAUGCCGAUCCUUUCCUACUUUCCUAAAUGGAGCUGCUUUGCAGUGGUUUUCUAAUUUUCCUGCAGGGUCCAUAACUAGCUUUGACGAAUUCGUCAAGAUGUUCAUCAAUCACUUCGCAGCCUCCAAAAUUUAUGUGAGAGACUCGGAUUAUCUCAUCACGAUCAAUCAAGGUCUGCAUGAAAGCCUCAAGGACUACAUGACGCGUUUCACCACGGCGGCCAUGGAGAUCCCUGACUUAAACCCAGAAGUACAAUUGCAUGCUAUCAAGAGUGGCCUCCAACCAGGAAAGUUCCAGGAAGCCAUAGCUGUGGCCAAGCCGAAGACGCUAGAGGAAUUCCAAGACAAGGCCACGGGACAGAUCGAAAUAGAAGAACUGCGUGAAACGCGAAGAAAUGAAAAACCACCAUCACGAAAAGACGAUGACAAGUCGGGCAGGUUCAACACGAGAAGAGAGGACAUAAUAAAGGAUAUAUUACACAACAGACUCAUAAAGCCACCAGUCAAAGCGGGAACAUACCAUGAUCAAAAGUACGUGGACAAAGGAAAGCAUUGCGCGUUCCACCAGAAGUUCGGCCACACCACGGACGAGUAUGUGGCAGCUAAGGACUUAUUGGAAAGAUUGGCAAGACAGGGGCUACUAGACAAAUACAUCGGUUCAAGGAACCAGAAGGAAGCAGCUGACACGAGCAAGCCGAGGUAUAACUCGGAACGCAGAGACAAAGGAACAUGGUGUGACCCAGUAGAAACCCCCACAUCCAAAGGGAUCAUAAACAACAUAUCAGGAGGUUUCGCCGGAGGAGGGAUAACAAGCACAGAAAGGAAGCAAAAUUACAGAGCCAUGAUGACAAUGGAAGGAACUCAGUAG